AUGUCAGUUCUUGUUAAUGGUAGUCCAACUCGAGAAUUUUCGGUUACUACAGGGUUAAGGAAAGGAGAUCCUCUAUCUCCUUUCCUCUUUUUGUUGGUGGCAGAGGGCUUUGAGGCAAUGGUAAAGGUGGCCUCUUCUUUAGGUGAUUUUAAAGGUUUUAGCUUGGAUGAUCAUAAUCAUUUUGAGUUACUUCAAUUCGCCGAUGAUACGAUUUUGAUUGGCGAGAACUCAUGGAACAAUCUUUGUACUUUCAAGGCCAUUCUUAGGGGUUUUGAACUUGUGUCCGAUUUGCGUGUCAAUUUGAACAAGAGCCGAAUUAGAAGUUGGCAUGAUAGACAACUUUCAAUCGGCGGGAGAGUUGUGCUUUUGAACUCUAUUUUGUCUAGCAUUCUAAUUUUCUACUUCUCUUUCUAUAAGGUUCCAGAAUCCCCUAUUUUAGAGAUUAUUUCGAUUCAACGGUCCUUUCUUUGGGGUGGUCAAGAAGACAAGAAGAAUAUUAGUUGGAUUAGUUGGGAUAAAGUUCCAGAAUCCACUACUUUAGAGAUUAUUUCGAUUCAACGGUCCUUUCUUUGGGGUGGUCAAGAAGACAAGAAGAAGAUUAGUUGGGAUAAAGCGUGUUUACCAAAAAAAGGAAGGGGGCUUGGUGUGAAGCAUUGUGGGAAGUUCAAUUUAGCGCUACUUAGAACAAUGCCUCUUGGAAUUCUUUUCCCGGAUUUACUCUCUAUGUCCGAUGCUCCCCAUUUGAAGGUGGCGGAUAUGAGUAGUUGGAAUGGUGAAAAUUGGAUUUGGGCUCUGGGAAUUUUUUGCGAUUCGGAAGACCGGGCAUCCGCAAAGCAAUUGAAUAAUUUAGUGAUUCUCCUUGCUCCGGUUCAUCCGUGUCGCUUGCUCGAAGACUCUUUUGUGUGGUGGAUAAAUCCUUCCGGUUUCACGGUGAGUAAUGCUUAUGAUACCAUUAUGUUGUUUGAGUUACCGAUCCCUCCGUUGGAAAAUUCUUUUUCUUCUCUUUUCUCUCAGUUAUGGAAGACAAAGGUUCCUAAUAGAAUUCAUCUUUUUGGUUGGAGGUUGAUUUGGAGUAUAAUUCUUACGAAAUCGGAGUUGGCAAUGCGUGGAAUCUUAAUAGUGCCUCACUUGUUGGUGUGUCCUUUGUGUAGACGGGUUGACGAGGACUUGGACCAUCUUUUCCUUCAUUUCUAUAUUGUUAGAAUUUGGUGGAAAAAAUUGUCUAUUUGGCUUGGUUUAGAUGAUGCGUCUUUGGCCGAAACAAUUUUGAAGCGGCUCUCUUUAUUGGAAUCAUCUUGUAAAUCUUCUUUCCGUUUGUAA